GAUUCCGACCAAUAAUCUUUCACGCUUGUAACUAGCAGAAAACAAGUGAGAAGAAGAUCUCUCACUGCUUUAAGUGAUUGCCAGAGGCAAAUCUGGCUUGCAAUAUUUUCUCGUAAUAGGCCUGCAUCACCAGAGUGAUUUCCCAUUCGAUAUUACCUUUCUCGCCCUUGUUCAAUCAUCGCCUCUUUAUCGCUCAUCAUCGCCAUGGAGUCGACGAUACAUCCAGCAUCGCGAGCACGAGAGCAGCAGCGUUUAGCAUUCAUGAGCCUGGUCGCACCCAACGCGGACGAGGCCUUCGUUGUCGCCACCAUGCAAGACAGAUAUAAACGUUCAGUGACCCUCGCUGUCGGUAUCGCUAUUCUCUGCGUGGGCAUUGGCAUCGGCGUACUCGUCGGUCACUUCUCGGCACCAAGCCAUGCAGCGGGAGGAGGAGGGGUAAUAGGAGAUGGUGGUGGUGGUGGUAGAGGUAGUGAAAGGGUGAAGUUUUCUUAUUCGAAUUUCGAGGCGCGUGAAGCGGACGAGACCAUCACAGACCGAUUGAUGAAGGAGAUGAGUGCGGAGAGAAUACGGGAUAAUCUCAGACAUUACGCCAGUAAACCACACGUAGCAGGUACACCAGCUGACCUGGAAGGUGCCCAGGAUAUCAUGAAGACAUGGUUAGACCAAGGCCUGGACUCAGCUAGAUUGGUUCCAUACAAGGUCUACCUACAGCAUCCACCGUCACCAGAUCAUGAACUUGCCAAUAAGGUUCAGAUAAUCAACCCUAUCAAUGGUAGUGUAAUGUUUACCUCAUCACUCCGAGAGGAUUCAUUUGAUGAAGAAGAGUUAGAACAAGAGGGUAUCCCUCCUCCAUUCAACGCAUACUCAGCUACUGGUGACGUCACGGGAGACCUAGUGUAUAUCAACUAUGGAAGGCUUGAGGACUACGAAUAUCUUCAGAAUCUUACCACAAAUAUCAACUUCAAGGGAAAGAUUCUCAUCGCAAAAUACGGCAUGACAGGGAGAAAUACCAAGGUUGUAAAUGCUGAGAAGUUUGGAGCUGCUGGUCUGAUCCUCUUCUCUGAUCCUAGAGAUCUACCUACCUAUGGCUUACCUCAUAACGGUAUACCCUAUCCUAGAGGAUCAUUUCUACCCAAGACGGCGGCACAGAGAGGCUCGAUCCUUAAAGAUAUCGGUGAUCCUCUGACUCCUGGCUACCCUGCUAAAGAUUUUGCAUACAGAUUAGAAUUAAACGACACAUCAAUACCAAAGAUUCCUGUACAUCCCAUCGGAUUCGAAGAUGCAGAAAAGCUUUUAAGUGCAUUAACAGGUCCUCAGCCCGGUGACGGAUGGAACAAAGACCCAAGGACAAUCUUUGAAGUAGGUCCUGGAUUCAAAGAACCGUACAUAGGAAUGAAAGUGAGAUUGGUUGUAAAUUCCAUAUCUGCUCAUCAUUACACGUACAAUACUGUAGGGUUUAUCAGAGGGGAUAUUGAGCCAGAUCGUUACGUCAUCGUUGGUAAUCAUCGAGAUGCAUGGGCUCUCGGGGCUGUUGAUCCCACCAGUGGAACGGCUACCCUCAUGGAAGUAUCAAGAGCGUUUGGAAAAUUAAAACAAGAAGGAUGGAGACCACGAAGAACAAUAAUAUUCUGUUCAUUUGCUGCUGAGGAAUACGGGUUGAUUGGCUCCAUUGAAUGGACAGAGGAAUUCAAUCAUCUUUUAGCCGAUCGCACGAUAGCCUAUCUAAAUUUGGAUAUAGCCGUUGCAGGUAAUUAUGUAUUGUGGACAUCGGCUUCACCUCAUUUAAGACCGGUGGUUUAUGCUGCCGCCAAAAAGAUUCCAGAUCCUGAUAAUAAUGAGAGAUCUCUUUAUGAUACCAUGGUUGAACGAAAGCCAGAUGAUCUAGAACCACAUAGACCACAUGUGAGGAGAACAGCAGGAGCGAGUGAUCAUCGAGGCUUUAUCAUGAGAUUAGGAGUGCCAUUUAUCAUGAUCUUUUAUGGAACAAUAAAUGGAAGCUUCUACUCGUUAUACCAUACGUCAUACGAAACCAUCCGAUUAGUCGAGGAGUACAUCGAUCCAGACUACUCCCAUCACCUCGCAACAACCCGAGUAUUUGCCGAGAUGACCCGAAUACUAGCCGAUUCAUUAGUGUUACCAUUCGACGUGCAUCGUUAUUCGGUAGAACUGCUUUCUAUGUGGAUUGAUCUGAAUUUUAGCGAAGCAUCGGUAGAUCUUCUGGACCACGGGAUAUCACUCGAACGUUUAAAGGAAGCCGUAUACGAUUUCAUGGGAAAUUGCACAGAAUUCCAGGAAAGGGUUAGCAACGUUAAUAAAAGCAGCCCGUCAGCAGUAAGACAGAUUAAUGAUCAGAUGAUGCAGUUAGAGAAGGCAUUUAUCAAGGAGCUACCUGACAAUAGGCUUGAUAGACACGUCUUAUUCUCACCAAGAUUCACGGAAUACGACGCCAGAGUUGGGCCUUUCCCAGGCAUCGCUGAUGCGUUACAUAAGAUCUUACAAGACUCCAACCAAGAGACACGCUGGAAAGUAGUAUCCCGACAAGUCGCCAUUUUGACACAUGCUAUUGAGGCAGCUACCGCUGUCCUCAAAGAUGUGACAUCAUGGUGAAUGCUGCAGAAAUUGAGACAUGAUCUGAUUUGUUAUCAGACAUUAAUGUUACAGUUUAUGCUUCAGUUAAAAUAUUAUACGUCUUAUUCCGUCCAAACCAACAUCAAAUUUCGACACACCUUCCAUAAAUUUAACCAAUGUUUAACAGAAAAAAAUCAGAUUAAUAUUUCUUUCAGUUCUGAGUGGGGUAUCGUGUUCAUGGGUUAUGCACUAUUCACGGUCCCAAUUCUUCCCCUUAGAAAAAAAGACCCUUAUCUUUUUUCGAUUACAAAAAUUGCAUUCACAAAGGCAGAUGUUGGCAAAUCAAUUCGGCGAAUCAAACUAAUUGAAAAUCUUAUUUCGGACCCAAGGACAGGUUACUUUGUUUGUCUGUUACGCGUAACUUGUUCAUAAUCUUGGGCAUCUGACUUAUUAUGGCGUUGUUGUCUCAUAUGACGAGACAUUGAAAGAAUAUAUCUUUUAUAUCUCAUUUCUUUUGCAUGAAUUUUUGCACCUUGUAAGAUAUUGGAAUUACCAUUUUCAGAGUAUAAAAUGAAAUAGAAUGAAUGGUAAAACUCUUUUAAGGUAAUUUCAUAUAAAAACGUAAAACUUGCUGCAUCGCAAAUCUUUGAAUAUAAUUUUUUUCACAUUGUUUAUUCAAAACGAUAUUUGUAUAUAGGCUGGUUGAGUAUGCAUUGAAGGGCCAAUAUUAGAAUGGAUAUGGAACCAAUUCUUUUAUUCAACGAAUUUGGAACGGUAGGCGGUGUGGAAAAGACCGAAAUAUUAAUAUAAAUGUGAUUUUAAUGACUUAUCAAAAUAAAUUCGACAGGAAUUCAGUAAAAGAAGGAGUUAAACUUUGUCAAGUUGAAAUUGUCUUAUAACUCAAAGGAGAAAUUGGGUAAACGUGGAUGUAGAUAUGGUACAUAUCAUGCAUAUUGAACCUUGUAAAUAUUAAUAAAUAAAAAUGUGUAUUAUGAUAUUUGUAUGUUGCUGAUAGGCCUACAGUUUAAUGAUACAUGAUGUUGGAGGUUUAUGAAAACAUUUUGGAUACGGGUUCGUUUUACAAAUUUUCAAAGUAAUACUAGAAGGGCAGUAGAAGAAUCAAAUUAAUUAGAUGAACCUGAAAUAUGAGGUCUUUAAGUAAAAUAAACACGAAAAUAAAAAGUUCAUUUACUG